AAUUUGGCUGAUGAAAUGGGGGAGAAGGGAUUUAAACCAGAUAGAUUUACCUAUGCGACCAUAAUUAACGCUUUGUGUAAGUUAGGUGAAACCGAUCUGGCCAUUAACUUGCUUAGGAAGAUGGAAGAUGCAAAUUUUGUACCUAAUGCAGCAUCGUAUAAUACAAUCAUUUGCAGUUUGUGCAAGGAUGGAUUGUUGACUGAUGCCUUGAAACUUUUUUCCACAAUGACGAGUAAAGGCAUUCAGCCAAACCAUUUUACUUACAAUCCCUUAAUUCAGGGCCUAUGCAAUUUUGGCCAUUGGAAAGAGGCUGCUAAAUUAGUGGCUGAGAUGGAAGAAAGGAAUAUCGUGCCAGAUGUGCAUUCUUUCAAUAUAUUGGUGGAUGCACUUCUAAAAGAGGGGAAGAUGAUGGAGGCAAAAGAAGCUCUUCAUAUGAUGACUGAGAAAGGCAUCGAGCCAGAUAUAUUCACGCACAACUCUUUGAUUGAUUGUUAUUGUCAGCAAAACAAAAUGAAUGAGGCAGUCAAAACAUUUAAUAUGAUGGUUAGGAGGGGUUGUUCUCCUGAUAUUAUUAGCUAUAACACAUUAAUCAAUGGAUAUUGUAAAAGUAAGAGAAUUGAUGAGGCAAUAAAUCUCUUUCAUGAAAUGUUAGACAAGAGAAUGAUUCCCGAUGUUGUCACUUACAACACUCUUAUAGGUGGGUGUUGCCAAGUGGGGAGACCUCUGGCUGCUUUAGAGCUACUUCAUGAGAUGCAAGCUUGUGGAGAACAUCCUGAUCUCCAAACUUAUACCAUUUUGUUAGAUGGUUUUUUUAAGAACAGACAUUUUGUGGAGGCAAUGGCAUUGUUUCGAGAGAUCGUAGACAAAAAGUUGGACCUUGAUGUUGUGAUUUACAACAUCUUGAUUGCUGCUAUGUGUGAUGCGGGAAAACUUGUGACUGCAAAAGAACUCUUUUGGAGUCUUUCUACCAAAGGGUUGCAACCUAAUGCUUGCACUUACACUAUAAUGUUCAAAGGACUAUGCAAAGAGGGACUAAUAAAUGAAGCCUGCGAGCUGCUUGAGAAAAUGAAUGGGAAUGGUUGCUUGCCUGACAAUGUCUUAUAUAACACAAUUAUCCAAGGAUUACUGCAACAUGAUGAGACAUCAAGGGCAGUAGAAUAUAUUGAAAUAAUGGUUGACAAGGGUUUCUCUGCAGAUGAAACAACUGCAACCAUGGUGAUUGACUUGUUGUGUGCUGAUAAAGUUGACAAGACAAUAAAAGAGUGGUUUGAGAAGCUUUUGUAAAAGGCUUUCUUGGUUUUCAAUGCCAAGAACAUCUAUAUGCUUUAACGCUUUGCUGGCUGAUCUACAGGAAAUGCUUAUUUAUUUCAAGUGAAUUUUAAAUCUCUCAUUUUUAUGGGCAAGAUUGAUCAGUCAUCCGCCUCUAUUAUCUUUCAUUGAAAUGUUUGACUGGUGGAAAGUACUUGCAGCGGAAAUUAGACUCUGGGAUUUAGGUGGUUGUAGAUCCAUUGUUUCCUCAUGUGAAUGCUUUCAAAUUUUCCCUGAUUAUAUUAUGUUUGUAAGUAGCAUGUUGGAAAUGUUGUCUAAUAGAACUAUUUAUUAUGCUGAGGUGUACUGCAUUAACCACUAUGAUAAGGUAAGUACCGUACUCAUUUUUAAGGCUGGGUGCCCUUGUAUCAUAAACUUGUUGUAACUUUUUGUAUAUUUGACUGUGAACCAAUCAAGACUAGUGUACAUUGAAUAGAUUAUCAAGUUAAGGAAGUUGCUGAUAACGGGAUCUGCUUGUUUGUUCAUGGGCUAGAUUUUAAGCAAUUUAGUUGCAGUAAGGCACAAAAGGUAGCCGCUUGAUGAUCAUGAAAUCCUUUACUUUACGAACAUCAGAGAUGCUCACUAUUAUAAUUUAUAACAAAAGUAAGAUAUCAUGGACAUUUGCUGGUCUGGUCUUGCAUUGGUGCAAAACGUAGUGUGUGCUAGUUUUACCACUGUGUUUACAAUCAGAAUGGACACCAAAUGUAAUCAGUCUAUGUUACUGUCUAUCUCAAACUUUCUGAUUGGCUUUGGCUUUGGUCAUAACCCAGCAUGAAUUUUUUCGAAUGGUCUGAUCCUCACGAUUUCUGAUUGCUGACCUGUUUACACAUAAUGCUUUUCUUCAGUUUCAUCAUUGAUGCUUGAACCUGAUUUAUCUGAUUGUCCAUAGGCAAGCAUUUUCCAUAAAAAGGCCACAAUCCCUCUUAAUUCUGUAUCACACAGCCAUCUGAAUUUAGUGUAAUGUGCAUAGAAGUUAGUUUGGCUUUUUUGAUUGUUCCAUGCCUCCAUCCCGCCCAUUUAGAUGGAUCUCCCUUUCUACUGCAUAGUUCUUUGUACUUUUGUGUACAUACAGGUUGCUAGAUUUUCAAAAUUUGUAAGUGAAGAUGCAGAAAUGCUGUUAUCGAGCAACUUGAUGUUGUUUCCUCCCAACUUAUGUCUCAAAUGUACUUAUGUCUCAAAGAUUAAAUAAUAUAACUCAGUGGGGGUCUUUAUUGAGAAAUUAUUGUAUUCCUAAGCUCCAAGUAUAUUAGUUGUAUCUCCAUUAUUUUGUCAAAUUAAUUUUUUAAACCUGCCCUGAAAUGAUAUUACGAAUAUAGGUAGAAAAUUAAAAAUGCCGUUUAAUGGAAAUCCUCGUCAUUCUGAAGUGUAGUGAAUUAACCUCCAUGAUGGGGUGCAGUGAGUACCUUUCUACAUGCUUGAUAGCCCUGUGUUGUUGUAUCAUAAGCUUCCGUUUAACUGUUUGGGUAUUGGACUGGGAACCAAUUUAGACCAGUGCAGUUUGAAUUGAUUACAACUUUAGGAAGUUCCUGAUAACCAGAGUUGCUUCUUUUUUCAUGGGCUAGAAGGCAAGCAAUUUGGUUUCAGUCGGGCACAAAGGUAGACUCAAGGUUUGGUGAUCAUGGAAUGCAAAGUGCAAUUUCACAGUAAUGAUCAUGAAAUAAACUCUUUAUAAGUCCACAAGAUGAAAUAUGGUGUUAAUGCUUAUCCACGGUGUUCCAAAUUAAAGAUAAUGUUCCAAAGUCAAGGCGAGCCGGGUUAGUGAAACCUAUUAUCUAUAGCAAAUGUAAUUCUUUUGAAUGCAAUGGAAUUUAAGAUCAUUAGUAUUGCCAUUUGCUGCAGUAUCAGUUGGCAUUUUUUAUUUUGUUGCUUUGAUACUAAUUGUAUUAUCGUGGCCUAUCAUUGCAAGCAUGAUUUUGUUUGUUUUUGCCCUCUAAAAUGUUUGCAAAUUUCAAGGUAGAUUUAUCACGAACUUGUGAAUGUGGUGGCAGUUUGUCCUGCAUAUUCUGAGCCCAUUUUUUAUUGCAUUGUGUUCAAACAAGUUUUAUUUUCAUAGGUCUUUCUUUUUUGUUCGACCAUAUCCUUUUUUAUUGUCAUUAGUGAUUUAUUGUAGCUAGUAUGCAAAUAGGUAUUGAUGAUAUGAAAAGCUUGAUGCUAUUGUUGCUUGCUAUGGUUUCUACUUUCUCUGAAGUUUAAUAAGCCUUAAAAUGAAUGAAAUGUAGCUUAGUAUGUGGUUUGAGCAUUAGCCUUGGAUUUGUGUUGUUAAUGUGGUUAUUUUGAUCUCUUUGAUUGGUCUCCUUUUCAACAAGAUUUUUUUUCUCAGUUAUUCUAAAGCUACCUGUUAGUUGUGAAUGAAGUAGUGAAGAUAAGCAAGUCUGGAAAUACACCUCCAACGGAAAAUUCAUGGUGAAAAGUGCCUAUCACUUAAAAGACGAUUACUGGUUCAAUAAGAUGGGGAAUCCUUUCACUUGGGCAUAUAUGGUAACUUAUGUUAAAAAAUUUGGAAGUUGAAAGCAAUGAAUGUAGUUAAAGUGUUACUUUGGAGAGCAUGUACAGAUGCAAUACCCACAAAGGUGAAUUUGAAGAAAAGGAAGAUCACAGAUGACUUUCUAUGCCCAUUAUGCAAAAGAGGUAUACCUCUUAGAAAUACCAGGGAGUUUGCGAGGGAGCAUCCCUCAUGAUUUUAUGAGUUACGAUCAUCUAGAAAGGUAAGAACAAAAGGCUUGGAAAAUAAAGUAGCUUAGCUACAUUUGAUCCUAUAGUUGAACAAUUUUGAGAUACCUUGGCUAAUUAACAAGAUAUAGUGCCUAUCGUUUAUGUUAUUGUAGUUACAAUUUUUUGUGAAGCAUCUUAGAGCAUUAUCAUGUUGAAUAAGAUGGCGUGGUUGUAGGUUAACAGCCAGUAUCAUCUUAGAGCAGUUACGAUUUUAUUUUUUCCAUUAUUAAUUUCCUAAAUUUCACUUCUUGAGGAGUUCUUUAUUUUGGGUUUUAUACUUUUCAUUACUUUUCUUAGUACUUUGGUGGUAUUUUCAGGGCUUCUCCAGAUAUUGGACUCAUUUUUAAAUCUCUCAUUUUUAUGGGCAAGAUUGAUCAGUCCUCUGCCUCUAUUAUCUUUCAUUGAAAUUUUUGACCGAUGGAAAGUACUUGCUGCGGAAAUUAGACUCUGGGAUUUUGGUGGUUAUAUCUCCAUUGUUUUCUGAUGUGAAUGUUUUUAAAUUUUCCCUGAUGAUAUCAUGUUUGUGAGUAGUAUGUUGGAAAUAUUGUCUAACAGAAAUAUUUAUUAUGCUGAAGUGUACUGCAUUAACCUCUAUGAUAAGGUGCAGUGAGUACCAUACUGAUUUUUAAAGCUGGGUGCCCUUGUAUCAUAAACUUUCUUUAACUUUUUGUAUAUUGGACUGCGAACCAAUCAAGACAUCAACUUACGGAAGUUGCUAAUAACGGGAUCUGCUUGUUUGUUCAUGGGCUAGAUUGUAAGCAAUUUAGUUGCAGUAAGGCACAAAGGUAACCGCUUGAUGAUCAUGAAAUCCUCUACUUUACAAACAUCAGAGAUGCUAACUAUUAUAAUUUAUAACAAAAGUAAGAUAUCAUGGACAUUUUCUAGUCUGAUCUUGUGUUGGUGCAAAACGUAGUGCUUACCAGUUAUACCACUGUGUUUACAAUCAGAAUGGACAAUCCAACCGUAAACAGUCCAUGUUACUGUCUAUCUCAAACCUUCUGAUUGGCUUUGGCUUUGGUCAUAACCCAGCAUGAAUUUUUUCGAAUGGUCUGAUCCUCACGAUUUCUGAUUGCUGACCUGUUUACACAUAAUGCUCUUCUUCAGUGUCACCAAUGAUGCUUGAACCUUGAUUUAUCUGAUUGUCCAUAGGCUAGCAUUUUCCAUAAGAAGGCCACAAUACCAUUUAAUUCUGUAUCACACAGCCAUCAGGAUUUAGAGUAAAGUACAUAGAAGUUAGUUUGCCGUUUCUGAUUGUUCCAUGCCUCCAUCCCUCCCAUUUAGAUAGAGCUCCAUAUCUACUGCAUAGUUCUUUGGACUUUUGUGUACAUCUAGGUUGCCGGAUUGAAGAUGCAGAAAUGUUGUUAUCGAGCAACUUCAUGUUGUUUUCUCCCAACUUAUGUCUCAAAUGUAUUCUGUAACUAUUUUUGAAUUCACUUUCUGUUUAACUGAAUUUUGACCGCAGGAAGCGUGUAGUCAUCCACCUGUGCUGGGCAAUGCCAGUUUUAUAAGCCUUAAAAUGAAUGAUUUAGAGAACUUGUACGGAUGCAAUACCCACAGAGGUGAAUUUGAAGAAAAGGAAGAUCAUAGGCGACUCUAUGCUCAUUAUGCAAACAGAAUAGGAGACAACAGGGCAUACUCUAUGGAUUUGUCCCUGGCAAAUGAUGUUAGGGGACCGAAUCAUUCAAAAGGUUUCAAUUGUAGAUGAUGACUUUGGAAGUGAUGUUACCCAGUUAUUGGACACAAUUUCAACAAAACAGAACUUGUUGCUAUGGCAUUUACACCUAACCUCAAAUUUUUUAAAUUAAAGUAGUUAACGAACAUUAUGGUUUGCUUUUUGAAUCAACUUUUGUUUUUAAUUUCCUUUC